AUGGCAACGUACAUUGCUCCAACCGCAAUUGUUGUUGAAGUUCUAAAAGAGUAUAACUAUGAUGAUUGGAGUGCGUGCAUGAAAAGCUAUAUGUUAGCUGAAGACCUUUUGGAUAUUACUGAAUCUACUGAUCAUCAAGAAGGUGACCAAGAAGUUGACUCUAAGGCAUCGAGGAAAAAGAAUGCUGCAGCUUUACAUGCAAUUCAAAUUUCUUGUGCACCACACAUACUUUCCAAGAUUAGGCACAUCACUUCAGCCAAAAUUGCCUGGGAUACUCUAGCCAAUUUGCAAGCAUCAGGAGAUGGAUCUCAGUCGACAAGAAAUGAGUCAGAAGCUCCUGACCAGGAGAGAAUGAAAACCUUGGCAGGAGUAGUGAACCAAGAAAAUACUGGUUCCUUACUAGCCCUGUGCAAUUAUGCUCAUAAAGGAUAUUGCGAUGCCGCAAGAAACCAUCUUAGCCAAUAUCCAGGUGCAAAAACUGUCAAGAUUAAACCCUACGGUGAAACUGCCCUUCAUGUAGCAGCUUAUGCUGGAAAUUUGAAAUUUGUGGAGGAAUUGGUGAAGUUGAUGUCAGAAGAGGAAUUGGAAAUACAAGAUAAUAGAGGCAAAACAGCUCUUUUUAUUGCUGCUGCUGUUGGAAUAACAGAGAUGGCAGAGUGUUUGGUGAGGAAGAACAAAAACUUGGUUACCAUUAUGGAUAAAUUUAAUAGGUUCCCACUUGUUGAGGCAUGUCUAGCAAAUCAUAAGGAUAUGGCUCUUUAUCUAUACUCUGUCACCCCCCUGAUUUUCUUAGUGAAGAUAAUGCCAAGAAUGGAUCUUAUUUCCUCCAAUGUGCUAUUGGUAAUCGAAUGCUUGGUAAGAGAUUUUACUCAUUAA